AUGAUUUUUAAUAAGGUUAAUUUUCCACAUAUUGGAAUUAAUAAUAAUUUGGAUAGUGAAGAAUUGCUCAAUAUUGAAUAUAAUGAAGAAGAUACAUCCUCUUCUUUUUCAUCUAUAAUAAAUCCUAAUAAUAUUCUUGUUUUUGUAAUUUUUGUAUUUAUCAUUUUUAUUUUACUUUUAUUUUUAUCAACAUGUAUAUUAUGUUGUUGUAAAUUAUCAAAUAUUAAAGCAAAAUUUACAAAUUCUACAUCUACAUCAAGAAUGCAUGGAACAAUUGUACAUGAAAAGAAUUGUUCUGAAACUGAAAAUAGUAUUCAUAGUCUUUGUUUAGAAAGACCUAUAACACCAAGAGCAGAAAGUUUUCGUAGAAAUUCAGCACAAGCUCAUUAUCGUUUAUUAAUUCAAUCAAAAUUUGAUCAAGAAUAUGGUCCAUAUAGAGAAAAUUUUUAUAAAAAUGACGAUAUUUGUGAAUUUAGAAAUGAUAAUAAUAAAAAUAUUUUUAGAAAAAUUUCCCAAGCAAUUGGAUUAUGA